GCUUCCUCUCUGUGGCGGGCGGGAUCCUGGCGUCCCGCCGUGCGCGGGCAGCCCCCGGCCGCCACGCAAUGUCCGCUGGCUGGUUCCGGCGCCGCUUCCUACCCGGGGGUCCACUUCCAGAACCGCGGCCAGCCGGGCCGCGCUCCAGCCCGGUGCCCUAUCACCGGCCCCGCUUUCUGCGCGGCUCCGGCUCCAGCCCCGGCGCCACCGACGCCUCGCGCCGCCCCGAUGCCCGGCCCGUACGCAGUCCAGCACGGGGCCGCACGCUGCCUUGGAACGCAGGCUACGCCGAGGUUAUCAAUGCAGAGAAAUCUGAAUUCAAUGAAGACCAGGCUGCUUGUGGGAAGCUAUGCAUCCGGCGAUGUGAGUUUGGGAUCGAAGAAGAUCAAGAGUGGCUGACAGUGUGCCCAGAGGAGUUCCUGACGGGGCACUACUGGGCACUGUUUGAUGGGCACGGUGGCCCUGCCGCAGCUAUCUUGGCUGCCAACACCCUGCACUCUUGCCUUCGCCGGCAGCUGGAGGCUGUGGUUGAAGGUGUGAUGGCCACUCAGCCCCCCAUGCACCUCAGUGGUCGCUGUGUCUGCCCCAGUGACCCCCAGUUUGUGGAGGAAAAGGGGAUCCGGGCAGAAGACUUGGUGAUUGGGGCUCUGGAGAACGCCUUCCAGGAAUGUGAUGAUGUGAUUGGCAGAGAGCUGGAGGCCUCAGGCCAGGUGGGUGGCUGUACAGCCCUGGUGGCGGUGUUCCUGCAAGGGAAGCUGUAUGUGGCCAAUGCUGGGGACAGCAGGGCCAUCUUGGUGCGGAGACAUGAGAUACGGCUGCUGAGUUCUGAGUUCACCCCAGAAACAGAGCGGCAGCGGAUCCAGCAGCUGGCCUUCACCUACCCUGAGCUUCUGGCUGGAGAGUUCACCAGACUGGAGUUUCCACGGCGGCUGAAGGGGGAUGACUUAGGGCAGAAGGUUUUGUUCAGGGACCAUCACAUGAGAGGCUGGAGCUACAAACGGGUGGAAAAGUCUGAUCUCAAGUACCCACUAAUUCAUGGACAGGGUAGGCAGGCUCGGUUACUGGGAACACUGGCUGUCUCCAGAGGGCUGGGCGACCAUCAGCUUAGAGUCCUGGACACCAACAUCCAGCUGAAGCCCUUCCUACUCUCCAUCCCACAGGUGACUGUACUGGAUGUCGACCAGCUGGCAGUGCAGGAGGAUGAUGUGGUUGUCAUGGCAACUGAUGGGCUCUGGGAUGUCCUGUCCAAUGAGCAGGUGGCACUGCUUGUGCGGAGCUUCCUCACUGGGAACCAAGAGGACGACCCACACAGGUUCUCAGAGUUGGCCAAAAUGCUGGUACACAACACUCAAGGGGAGGACAGCGGUGCCACCGGAGAGGGACAGGUAUCCUACGACGAUGUCUCCGUGUUUGUGAUUCCUUUGUGCAGCCAGGCCCCAGAAGGCAGUGGCCACUGAGGACUCAGAUACUGUGUUCUAGAAUCUCCUCAGGACCAGUGCAGACUCAGCAUAUGUCCACCGUGGCCAAGAGCAGGCCCUGCCUGGCUUGUUCUAAGCCACAGACCAAUACUUAACAGGUCCCACAUUCUGCAAUGGUAACAUUCCCCUGAUGGAGGUACUUGAUAGCAUGUGGUAUUCGUGUUAGCGCCUCUGCAGGAUAAAGGGUUAAGAGCACUAAGAAGUCUCGGGGAGCAGGAACUUUGGAUUCAACUCGUGAAAUCUCAAGUUACUCAUUUAACCAUCCAUCCACAGAAGGCACCUUCUUGAAACCUCUGAGCAGUCUCACAUUUGCUUAAGAUUAAAGCGAUCUGAAUUUUU